AACAACAACAACAACAACAACAACAACAACAGCGCCGACAAUUCUCUGCAACUUGCAUUCCUCAUUGUGCAGUAGGAGACACCCCCACGGCCAUUACAAUCCACCACGACUACUUUGACGACAACAAUACAACGCUGCGAUAUCAACGCCAAGAACACAGCACCACCGCCUCCUUCAGUCUUCCUAAUACAUAUACAUCAUGUCUCAAGCCAACGACGCAGCAGGCCAGGCCAUUGCUAGCAACAUGAAGCCAGUGCAAGUCAAGCUUGUCCUCCUUGGUGAGGCUGCCGUUGGAAAGUCAAGUCUUGUCCUUCGAUUCGUAAAUGACGAGUUUCAGGAGAACAAGGAACCUACCAUUGGAGCUGCUUUCUUAACCCAGAAGUGCCGUCUGGAGGACAAGGUCAUCAAAUUUGAGAUCUGGGACACUGCCGGACAGGAGCGCUUCCACUCACUCGCUCCCAUGUACUACAGAAAUGCACAGGCUGCCGUGGUCGUCUACGAUGUCACCAAGGCUUCGUCGCUAGAGAAGGCAAAGUCGUGGGUCAAGGAAUUGCAGAGGCAGGCAAACCCCAAUAUUGUGAUUGCGUUGACAGGAAACAAGGUCGAUUUGGUGUCUACAGGACGUAGAGGCCGCAGGACAAGCGACGGCGAUGCGGACGAGGACGAUGAGCAGGACGCACAGGAACUGGACGAGGACGAGGAAGACGAUGAGGACUAUGGCGUCAGUCGCCAGGUCCCCACAGAGGAGGCAAGCGCGUAUGCACAGGAAUCCGGUCUGCUCUUCUUUGAGACAUCGGCCAAGAAUGGCGAGGGAGUCGCGGAGGUGUUCACAGAGAUUGCAAAGAAGAUUCCACUGGAGCACAUUCUGUCGUCUACACGCGGUGCCCGUGCUGGAGGUGUGAGUGGCAGCAAUGGUCGUGUGGAUCUUCAGUCUGGAGCCAAUGGUCAGCGACUUGGCGGACAGCAAGACAAGGGCGCCUGUGCCUGCUGAGGAACAUGAAGGAUGUGGAGAUACAGCUUGGUGAAUUUUCUUUUCUUUACUUUUCCAUUCUUUUUUUUUUUCUUUCUAACUUUCUUCGCUGUGUGUGUAUGCGUGUCUUUUCCCCCUCUCCUAUACAAUAUCUUUACGUUAUAGCUUCUUUUUUCCCUUUUCUUUUUGUCACCGAUGUGAAAUAAUGAAUAUACUCUUCAGCAAGAAGCACUUCUAUGCAAAAAUAAGAAUGAAAUAAAAAGGCAUACCGACAAUAACGAUGA